GAAUGGUAUUUCUUUAGUCCUAGAGACAGGAAAUAUCCCAAUGGUGCAAGACCUAAUCGAGCUGCAACAUCUGGGUACUGGAAAGCAACUGGAACUGAUAAACCAAUCUUAACCUCCGGUGGGACUCAAAAGGUUGGGGUGAAGAAGGCACUGGUUUUUUAUAGUGGAAAACCACCUAAAGGAGUCAAAAGCAGUUGGAUCAUGCAUGAAUACCGUCUCGCUGAUAAUAACGAGUCUAGUAUGAAGCCUCCUUGUAUCCAUCCAGCUAACAAGAAUACUUCACUGCGAUUGGAUGAUUGGGUUCUAUGCCGAAUUUACAAAAAGAAUAGCUCUCAGAGAUUAAUUGAAAAGGAUGAUUCAUUGGACGACAUGCUUGCUUCACUGCCAGCCUCAAAAUAUUACUAUCGAGAUCAUGAACCAAAUUAUAAUCCAAAGUUCAACGAAAAUGAUGAAAAUUUCGUCAAUGGUUUAUUAGGUUCUACUAACACAGAAGGUAUUAAUCAAUAUGUUUCAACAUCUUCUUCAGCUUCGACUUCAUCUAGCUUCAAGCCAAUCUUUUCUGGAACACUUCCAUCAUCUACUACUGAGAGUACCCAAACACUUAAGCGAACACUUCCUUCUCCUUAUUGGCCAGACACUACAGGUAUAACUAUGCAUCAAUCAGCCAAGAAAUUCCAUACAAAUAACAACCUGGAUGGGAACUACAACAGUGACAAUAGUGGAAACUACAACGAUACUAAUGAGAAUGUCAACAAUGGAAGCAAUGAUAAUGCAAUGGCGGCUUUACUAAAUCAGCUACCCCAAGUUAGUCCUGUGAAUCAUCAAGUUCUGCUUGGGUCUCUUGGUGAUGGUUUUUUCAGACAACCGUAUCACAAUUCCAACAUGAACUGGAACCCUUAGUUAGUAAAGGUAUUUUCUAAGUUAUUGAUCAGAUAUAAAUCCUAAGAUACUCUGUGUAUAGAUUUCCACGUGUCAGUAUAAGAAAAGGAACAUAAGAUAUCAAGGAAACGAGGAUGGCGGUUUUCUUAUAGAGUUUUUGAUUGGGCAUCAGAGAUUCUGUCUGUCAGAAGAAAAAAAUGUCCAAAGAGAGUCAUCGUCUUAGUUCAUGAUUUCUCUCUCUGGGUAUUGACUUUUUCAGAGCCGAUAUUUUCAGGUGAGUUAUUAAGAAUAUCCUAAAUUAGAUAGGAUCUCUAUUUAUUUUUCAUACAUAAUUUGGUUAAACAUAUAUACUUGUAAAUUAUUAAGUUUUUAUAGCGUAAAGAUUGUUAUUCACUGAUUAACAUUGUAUAGAAUUAAUAAUACAGAUUGUUGGUAUUGAGUUUUA